AUGUUCCAGCGUCGAGUGAUCGCUAGCGUCAACGCCGUCGAGCGUGUGGCAAGCAACCGCCAGAUCCGUCGCAAGACGCGUCACCCAGCCAACCUCCGUGCACUGCAGCGUCAGCCUCAAGAGGAGGUGGUGGUGCCGCCGCUGAAGUACGAACCGACGUAUGUUCCGGAGAAAGUGAGCUUCAACGGCUGGUCCCCAGCUCCGGAGGCGCCGCUUUCCGGCCUUCCGUUCCACGUAAAGCGUACGGCCACGGGUAUGCAGCUUCCAGUGUACAGGGACUUUAGAAACGGCCGCACGCGCGUGCUGACCAUCCUCCGUCGCUACAAGGGCGACGAGCAGGGGCUGCGUGACGAGAUGUCCAAGGUGUGCCAGGGCAAGGAGGUGAUCGUGCGCCCGGGCCGCUUGGAGGUCGUAGGCGACCACGCCAGCGACAUCCGCAAGUGGCUUGUGGGUCUGGGCUUCUAAACACACACGAGCGACAUAGAAAACAGGGUUCUUUUUGAUAAGAAACAGAAUCAAUCGGGUCCUUGCCAAUAAAA